CGAGCGGCGGCGGACGCGGUUUACUCGAGAAUGGCGGCUGCUGCGUGCAGUACGCAGAGCACUCUGAACCCAUGCGCUGGCAAGCUGCUCCGAGAGCACCUGCGGAAAAGUAAAGAUUCGCGGAGGAGGCAAGCCGCGCUUUUGUUUCUCACUAAUAUAUCCUUGGACGGUCGGCCAGUGCGGAACAAUGUGAGCGCAGCGGGCCCGAGUGAUGCCGAGUUUCAGUGCUCUGACAUCGGUGCGACUGUGAACGAACUGUCCGCUGCGGCCAGUAGCGAUGGGACCUUCUCCAGCCUCUCUGUGCCCAGACUCGGGCUGCUCGGCGUACCGCCCAUCCUGGUCCUGCCGUCGGAUUCUGGGUUUAGCAACCCCGGGAGCACCGAGAUGUUCCUGGAGAGGGAGAGGGGCUCGUUCUCCUCGCAGAGCAACCUCCUGUCCCCCUGCAGUCUGCAGCCCACUCCGCUCGGAGCGCGGAAGUCUCCAACGCUGCUGUCGGUGCAGAGCUGCGGCUCCUCGCUGGAGUCUCGUCCGCGGAGUCGGAACGCAUCUGGCUCUCCUCGUCCACGCUCCGUGAAGAAAGUCCACUUUAUUAAGAACAUGAGGCAGUAUGAUACCAGGGGCAGCAGGAUCGUGCUUAUCUGCGCCAAAAGGUCUUUGUGUGCCGCCUUCUCUGUGCUGCCUUAUGGAGAGAGCUUCCACAUCAGUGACCCUCGUCUGGAUGCCCAGCGGCGGAGGCACUCAUCUGGAGGAAUAUCCACCACCCUAGAGAUGCUUCCCGGGCUAGAAGGGGUGGAACUGGGCAUGUACGGCAGGACGGUGUCGUACGCUCAGUUCCUGUACCCAACUAACGCUCUGGACCGCCACAAGCCCGCAGUGGAUCUCGCUCUACCCGUGCCCUAUUCCAGAAACAGCAUCCCUUGCAGUUAUCCUCCCUCUCGCCUUAACAGCACCGUCGGCCUGGACCUGGGCCUUGAAGACAUUGACUAUGACCCUAAUGUGCUCAGUGACCCACGGUGGCCAUGUGGAAAACAUAAAAGAGUGCUCAUCUUUGCCUCAUACAUGACAACAGUAAUAGAGUACGUCAAACCGUCAGAUCUGAAAAAGGACAUGAAUGAGACCUUUAAGGAAAAGUUCCCCCACAUCAAACUCACACUGAGCAAAAUCAGAAGUUUGAAGAGAGAAAUUCGUUCAGUAGGAGAGGAGUCUUCCUUGCAGCCGGUUACCAUAGCCAUGGCUUUUGUGUACUUUGAGAAGCUGGUCCUGCAGGGGCGUCUCAACAAGCAGAACAGGAAGCUGGUGGCAGCCGCGUGCCUACUGCUCGCCGCCAAGAUCAGCAGCGACCUGAAGAAACAAGAGGUCAAGCAACUGAUUGACAAACUGGAGGAGAGGUUCCGGAUUAGCCGUCGAGAGCUGAUCGCUUUUGAGUUCACCAUCUUGGUGGCUCUGGAAAUGGCGCUUUACCUACCGGAGAGCAAAGUCAUGCCCCACUACCGCAAACUGGUGCAGCAGACCUGACGUGGGUCGAGCGGGAGGGCUCCGGGCCGUCGUGAAUAUGCAGAUGAGAUGCUUAAAGCAGUGGAAAGCGUGGGACAGUUUGAGGUAUCGGAGCGAAUGCACAUCAACGCGGAGCUCUAAGGAAGAACCGACGUUUCCAAAUGAUGCUUUAUAUAGCAAUCUGGCCAGCGGCUUUUCUUUUCAUGGCUGUAUGGUUUAGUGACCACCAUGGGAAUACUGCUGAGGAAAACAGCACGGGUCUUCUUUUAUUGAAAGCAGAAGGUUUUAGCACUCAAACGACAAGGGAAGAGUUUAACUCCUGCUACUUCACUUGUGUGCAUGCACGUUUUUUUAACAUCCCGUAUCUAUUUACCAAAAACAGCUUUUAUUUAAUUUACACCUCUCCUUUUGUAUAGAACGACCUACCAUUCACUGUAACACUAAAGCACUUUAAAACAAACAAACAAAAAAAAGACUAUACAUGUAAACGUUAUGCAAUAAUAAUAUAGUCAUUAGCACAGAUUACGUAAUAUAUAUGCACUCACUUUAGUAGCGUACUCAAAGUGUUAUUGAGUGACUGACUAAAUCUACCUUAGCGUUUAGACCUGGUAUGUUGAUUACUGUUGAUAGGGCUAGAUAUUACUGUGAAGAGUGCUCUAUGUUAGAGCUAAUUUCAAGAAAAGCACAUUUUCGGUGCUGGCAUUCUUGCUUUUUCUUCUUUCUAAAUUCCACAGAAGAAAGUCAUGAUGUAAAAAAGGAGUAAAAGAUUAGUUUUAUUUAUUUUAAUUCUUAUAAUGGUAUUAAUACACAUUGUAUUAAUGUACGUACACGGUUCCAUGCUAAAUUCAUUUUCUUUUUCUUUUCUUUUUUUUUUUUUUUUUUUUCAAAGAAAUUUCUACUGUUGUUCAACAAGGUUGCAUCAAGUUGAUGAACAAUUUUACACCAUAUUAACGCUUUUAGUGUCUUCACUAAUUCAAAUAAAUGCAGCUCUUUUGAGCAAGCUCUUAGAAUCCUGAAAAUGUACAAUAGUAGUAAUAAUAAUAAAAUAAUAAUUUAACAGUGAUAAAUGUUUGUUGAGCAAAUUGGAAUGAUUUUUGAAGGAUCAUCUGACACAGAUGCCUGGUCUAAUAAUGGCAUCAGAGGAAUAAAUGACAUUUUAAAACGCAUUACAACAGAAAACGGUACAAAACGACUGUUUUACUCCAUUUUAAAUCAAUUACAUGCAGCCUUGGUGAGCUUGUGUAUAUAUAUAUUGUAUGCUAAUUUCACUGUUCAUUCAUUAAUUACCAUGACAUUUUGUGUUUGUCUCAAUUUCUCAACUAGUAGCAUGGCCAUGCGUCAUUCGUGUCAUGAUUUAACCCGAAAGGUUUCCUCAAUCUAUGCAAAAUCUUAGACGCGCUUGUCCCAUUUACUCACAAAACACCCCAUUCCCGAAAACAUUGCACCGUUUGUGAGUAGCCAGUUUGCGGACGGGCUCCUU